ACUUGAAAGUUCAUAUACAGCCGCUGUAUGUGACAUAACCCGUUUCUUUCUUUACCCUUAUCAAAUGCUUUUCCCAUUUUACCCUCUUCUCCUUCCAAUCUCCCACCCCGAAAAAUGCCAAUUUCUCCAAUCAACCCCUGCAAAACCCUCGUAACUCCCUCUUUCCUCUUCCUCUCCUGUUCCAUCUGCCUCCUUUAUCUCUUCCUCUCUCCAUACAGUUUCUCUACGCUCCUACAUACACACCGUAUCCCACCGAAUACCCUCCAAAAUACAUCUACCCCUACUACCCUCCAUCACAUCAUCUUUGGCAUCGCCUCCUCCGCUAAAUCCUGGCCCACCCGGUCCGACUACGUACGUGUCUGGUACAACCCCCAAUCCAUCCGCGCAUACGUAUUCCUCGACCGUAUCCCGCCAAAUACGUAUCCCUACAACGCCAGUUCCAAAACUACCCCUGACAAUAGUUAUAAUGACAGCAGUCUCCCUCCCAUUCGUAUCUCAGAAGAUACUUCCCGUUUUCCGUACACCUUCCCCCGCGGCCUCCGGUCCGCAAUUAGGGUUGCCCGGAUCGUGUCGGAGAUCGUGGCCCUCGAUCUGCCGGAUGUGCGGUGGAUCGUGCUCGGUGACGACGAUACGGUGUUCUUUCCGGAGAAUCUUGCGGUGACGCUGGGGAAGUAUGAUUGGGAUGGUUGGUAUUACGUCGGGGGGAAUUCGGAGGGUCUUGAGCAGAAUUUGAAGAAUUCAUUCGGGAUGGCAUUUGGUGGCGGAGGGUUUGCGGUGAGUUAUCCACUGGCAAGGGUUUUAGCGAGGGUUCUUGAUUCGUGUCUGGUUCGGUAUUCGCAUGUUUAUGGAAGCGAUGCCAGGAUCUUUGCGUGUUUGGCAGAGCUUGGAGUGGGAUUGACUAGGGAGUUAGGGUUUCAUCAGGUUGAUAUCCGUGGAGACUUGUUUGGAAUGUUGUCCGCUCAUCCAUUGACACCUUUGGUAUCUCUACAUCAUUUAGACUAUGUGGAACCGUUCUUUCCCAACAUGACCCGUGUACAGGCUCUGGAACAUCUAUUUGAAGCAGUAAAAGUCGAUCCAGGCAGGAUUUUGCAGCAAACUGUUUGUUAUGACCGUUUGAAUUCACGGACAAUUUCCAUUUCGUGGGGUUAUGCUGUUCAGGUGUAUGAAGGCAAUCGUCUUCUUCCGGACCUUCUUUCUUUGCAGCAGACAUUCAUGCCGUGGAAGAGAAGUCGAAAUAUUUCUUCAAGUCAGUAUAUGUUUAAUACAAGGGAAUUUCCCAGAGACCCAUGUAGGAGACCUGCGAGAUACUUUCUAGAAAGCAUGUUUUCCGAUAAAGAUGGGAUUCGAAGCAACUACAAGAGACAUGUUGAGGGAAAUUGCCAGCUGAGCAAGGUUUCAGCAGAUCACAUUGAAGUUUUUUCUCAGAAGCUUGAUCUUGACGCUAGACAGUUGCAGGCCCCAAGACGGCACUGCUGCGAUGUUUUACCUUCUUCAUUGGAUACAGUAAUGAAGAUUGGUAUUAGAAAAUGCAAAGAUGAAGAGUUAAUUUCUAUGAAUCUGUAGCAACUAAUUGGGAAAUACUGCUCAGAAAGUGAAGCUUCACUCCAGAAAAGGAAUCCGAGAAACCCCAUGCUGUUUGGAUUCAUUCGAUGCAACCCCAAUGCGUUAUUGGCCAACUUUUCAUCUUAGACCAUGUCUCCAGUUAAUCAGAUGGGUUGCUCAAAUACCCCUCCUUUCAGCUCCCAAAUUCUAUUUCCCUUCAUGGUGAAACUGGCUAUUCCUUUUGGCAGAUUCUUGUGUAUGAGGCUUUGGAAGAGCAACUGGUGUCUGUUGUCCGAAAGGAAGUGAUUCCAGCUUCUCGUGGCUCUCAUCUUUCACUCACAAGGGUCAAAAGCAUUAAUCUGGGUGAAGAAAAUAGAUGACAUAGGUGGAUGCAAGCCAACAAAGAGAUGAACACGGUGUGGCUCGGUCAGGCAUUAACAGCUUUCUGUCGUCAUCAAUGGACCAUAGAAACUCAGGUUCAAUCUUUGUGCAUCUCUAUACACACAGCUACUAUCAGUUGCAGUAGAUAGUUUAUGUAGAGUAUUUACUCGGAGAGUUUGAUGGAUGGGUAAACCCUAGUCUGUUAGUUUCCUGUUUUACUGAAGGAGUCACAUAGGAAAGAGGAGUCUGUAUUUUGAAGGCUUCUAGAGCAAGAAUUUGAUGUGAAAAAAACUUUUUAAUUCACCCAUUUGAAUAUAGAAUUAGAGUGAUAAAAUAA